UACUUACCGAGAACCAAGGCAAAAUGGAUGAACGGAUCUCUAUACCUGUAUCACUUCCUCACCCGAAUCCUACCGUUUCAUAUUGGCAGAACCCACCAGAUGAGAUCGGGGAUAUUUGCUCAACCACACAGCUUCCUGAAGAGGUUGAUAUUGCAAUAGUCGGAUCGGGGAUAUCUGGUGCGGCCAUUGCAUAUAAUGUACUAUGUCGAGCUCCGGGGACAAAUAUUGUUAUGCUAGAGGCGAGGAACGCCGUUAGUGGAGCAACAGGAAGAAACGGCGGCCAUACCAAGGGAGCUUCUUAUACGACCUUCCCUACGAAUGUGGAAAAACUGGGCCUCGACGAAGCAAUCAAAAUCGCGAAACUCGAACUCAACACCGUUAGGCAGGUCCACGCCUUUGCGCGUAAACAUAACAUCGCCUGCGAGAGCGAACAUAUUGACACAACAGACGUGAUAUACAAUCAAGAAUCACUGGAGCAAGCCGCUGCGGCAGUCAAAUUCAUGCAAAAUGUCAUGCCAAACCACCCCGCUAGCAAAUACACGUUCUGGAACAAAAAGGAAACAGAAGAGAAAUUCUUAGUCCCUGGCGCUGCUGGAGCCGUAACGUACGAAGCAGGCAGUCUCAGUUCAUAUAAGUUUGUCAUAGGGCUUCUUAAGCUAUGUCUAAACCAAGGCCUGAACCUACAGACAAAUACGCCCGUUACCAGUCUGCAUAAGCAGGAAAGCAGCGCGAGCAGUAGUUUCAACUAUGGAAACAGCAAGGGCUGGACCGUCGUGACUCCGCGCGGCAACAUUCAAGCUGCGCAAGUCAUCAUGGCGACCAACGGCUACUCAGCAGCCAUCUACCCGAAGCUUCAGGGUGUCAUAGUCCCCGUUCGCGGACAGGUAACAGCACAUAGGCCCGGAUCAGCAAUACCAACAUCCGGCCUCUCCACCACUUAUUCCUUCAACUAUGGCAGCGGCUUCGACUACAUGAUCCAAUGUCCUGACACGUCAAAGUAUCCGCGCGAUAUCGUCAUCGGCGGAGGGUUCGGCGAGAGUAAGAAUGGCGGCCUGUCCAAUUAUGGAACUACGGACGACUCAGUCUUGGAUCCGGCCAUUAGUGAGUAUCUUGCUGCGUCGACAGUGGAGUUCUUCGGCAAGAAUUGGGGACAUGAUGACCCUGCCGGCCGCGUCCGACAUGAAUGGACUGGGAUUAUGGGAUAUAGUGCUGAUGGGUACCCGCUGGUUGGGGAGAUGCCAGGGGAGCCUGGGUUGUUCAUCUCGGCAUCAUUUCAAGGCCAUGGAAUGGUUUCCUGCUUCCUUUGCGCACAGGCCGUCACAAGCAUGUUAUUUGGUGACAACGAAAACGACCUGUACAGCUGGUUCCCGCGCACUUACAAGGUAAAUGCUGAUCGCCUGAAGCGAAGGCUUGAUCGGAGAAUCACUCCUCCUCCAAAACCCCACUCCAAGGCGCGUUUAUAAGCAGCAUGGGCUGUGUUUUCUCAAAUCUUUCACGUAUGAGCGUAGGGGGAUUGGUAUUUUCGUUCACUUUGACGAUAAACUUCUUCUUUUUCAAAUCCUCCUAUUUUCUUGCCUUCUCCUUGAAAUUCGAAUUUAUCUUUGCCCCAAGAUGUUAUGGCAGGAAGAGAUUCGGAAUAGAUCACGAUGUAUGAUUUAUAUACCACCGUAAACGAGCCGCUAUGAAAUGAGGGGGUUGGUCAGAGUGAUGAUUUAUGCAUUGGGAUAUGACCCAGUGAGUGCAUCAAGCUUGGUAUCAGAAUGCCGAUCAGCAGGAUUGCUAUUAUUGUUAUCCUAUGUCCCACAUGCUGUUCAUAUUCUCCCCCCAAUAAAAUCCACCGUAUAUCAUCAGAAAGAGGUUUCAUUAUAUUUGUA